AUGGAGAAAUUGGUUGUGAUCCUCCUGGUCUUGCCUCUCUUCUGCAAUGGACAGACUGUUGACCAAACGAUUCAGCCACACGCUCGUGGGGAAGAUGUCGUCGACGCUGUCAUUGGCAGAAUUCGUUCCUCGUGUAUUCUAAGCGAUGACAAAUACUUCAUGAAAAGAAUUGCUGCUGUAGAAACAGACUAUGGCAAGAACAGUUCCCCUAACAAUGGCGGAAUCUGGAAGGUUACUAAUAACAUUCUUAAUUCGGUCAUCAACAGUUGUCAGACGACAACGCGCACGAUUUGUAACGAAAUCUUACAAACAUUCAACUUUGAUAUCAGCAAGGCUACAUUUUUACAAAUGGACGUCCCACUUUAUUCUGGCUUAACAAUGUAUACCUACAUAACAAAUACUAUUACAAACAUUCCAACUUCCAGUCAUUCCCAGGCAUUAUUGUGGCAAGCACAUAUCCGACCAACAGGAAAUACGAAUAUGUUCAUUGCAAAAUCAUCCAUCAGUUUCAGUUGUUCUGCUGUGAAGAUGGAACUGGUGUUUGCAAUUGAUGCAUCCGGUAGUGUUGGAUCAGAUAACUUCAACAGUACCCUAAUUUUCCUUACAAAUGUUGUGAGAAAACUGCAAAUCGCCCCCGACAUGACACGCGUUGCUGUCAUUCGUUUUUCUCACAUUGCUACUAUUUCUUUCGACUUAGACACUUACUAUUCCGUUUCCAGUAUGACAUCCAAAAUUUCUUCAAUUAAAUAUACGGGAGGUGGCACGGCAACUUAUAGCGCAAUUGACACGGCGCGAAUCAAUGUCUUCAAAAAAGCCCGUAAAAAUGUACCUAAAGUAUUCGUCCUAGUCACUGACGGUUACUCGAAUGAUAAAGAUCUAACUGUUAAAGCUGCUGAUACAUUAAAACAGAACGCAACCACCAUCUUCACUAUUGGUGUUGGUUCCGUAAAUCAUCAGGAGAUGCUUGCAGUCGCUUCUUCUCCAAAUUGCAUCCAUUAUUAUUCAUUGAAUUCUUAUAGCGAAAUCGAUGGUAUUAUCAGUGAAAUCCAGCGUGAAUCUUGUGAAGCUCCUGUCGAAGUGGAUAUGACCAGUGGAUUAGUAAACGACACUGAAAUUGAUAAUAAUCCCAUACCAUCUGGCAAUGAAACCAAAACUCAAACUGUUCACAUUCAAUCCAGUAAUACGACAGACAACUCUCAAAAUAUGACAAAAGUGAAGGUUGCUGUCAUUUGUGGAAUAGUACAAGUGUAUGCAUCCAACACUUUUAAGAAACCAAGCGCAGCUUUUCAUGCCUAUAGUGCUAUUGCGAUAGAUGGUAAACCCGGAUGGGUACAAUCUGCUGCAAACCAAAUUUUGUUCCUUUCAUUCUUUUCCCGAAAACGUUUCGAUCUGGCGACAUCAGCAUGUACCCACCCUCAUUAUAACAUUAGUAUCAACCCACCAGACGAAGGAGUCAAAAUAAUCUGUAAAGAAAAUGGAAUUGCGAGGGAAUGUACACGUAAUGACAUUACACAAUCAUUUGGCCCUCUGUGUGGUGAUGACAACAUUCCAAAUCCAUGCACUAAGACAAAUAUCCUGAAUAAUAUAAUGCGGUUUAAGCAUCCAAAAUCGACCACUAAAUACAUCCAAUUCCUCCCCAGAAUAGCACUUUAUACAACGGCUCAAAUCCAUGCACCGUAG